AGUAUGGUAAGAAUGAAGCAUCAAGUAAUAGUGAAUGUGUGAUUAUGCAUUAAAUGUGUCGUGUCGUGUGUAAAUCAAGAUAUAUAAUAAAAAUAAUAGGCCAAGAAUUGCAUUUAAUUAAAAUAAAAUUUGUGAAUUAUAAUUAAUUAAUUAUCGUUCGUGUAAAGACAUAAGGAAAAAAGAUGGCUAUAAAGAAAGCACAACGGCAUACACGUGGGCUUAAAAAACGUAAACCGGAUUCUUUUAAAAAUAAUGAUAAACAAAAACAAGAAAAGAAAAUAAAAGUUAAAAAUAAGAAAGCAUUGAUUAUUCAACAAGAAAUUAAAUUUGUACGAUUACUGUCGUGCAAUGAUAAAAGAAUAAGGGACAAGGUUUUAAAAAGUUUGAAGAAAUGGUUAACAGUACGUUCUAAAAGUUCAUUUGAAUUUAUAGAAGAAGAUUUUAUGCGAUUAUGGAAAGGUUUGUUUUACUGUAUGUGGAUGGCUGACAAACCUUUAAAUCAAGAAGAAUUAGCUGAAUCUCUUAGUAAAAUUAUUCAUUGUUUCGAUUCUAUGCCAUUAGUAUUAUUAUAUAUCAAAAGUACUUUAAAAACUUUAGCAAUAGAAUGGUUUGGCAUAGAUCAAUAUAGAUUGGAUAAAUUUGCAAUGUUAGUGAGAAGAAUAUUCCGGCAGAUAUUUAAAAUAUGUCACGACAAGAACUGGGACAUGGAAUGGGUAGAAGGUUUAAUGAAAAUAUUACAAGAGAUAUUGAUAGAACCAAAAUAUUGUCUAGGUUUUAAAAUGCACGUAACUGAAUUAUAUUGGGAAGAAAUAGCAAAGGUCAGCAAUGGAAACGUACCAGAAGAUGUUGUUACUAGACUUGUCGAACCAUUUAUUGCAUACUUAGCUGUAAUGGGAGAUGAAAGAUUAAUAAGGCACGUAAUGAGACAUAUUUUUAGAUAUCUUAUCUUUCAAUCUGAUGUUGGCAUGGAUUACAAAGAAAAAUUUGAAGCUUGGAGAAAAGCUGGAUUUCCUUGUAAAAGUAUUGACGAAAUGCAAAAAAUCGAAGAAUCUGACGAAGAAAAUGAAGAAGAUACAAAAUUGAUUUCUGAUAAAGAAUCAACAGAGAAUACAGUCAAAGUUUUAGAUCCAAGAGCUGGUAGAGUUGACGUCGAAUUACCACAAAUUAAUUUUAAUGCUAAAAAUAUAUCAGAGGUAAUUAAAUUAUACAAAUUUCAUCCAUCAUCAACAACAAAAUCACGAAGACAAAUUGCACGUCUUAUUGACGAAUUUGUAGAAUUAUCCCAAGGUAAAAUGCCUAUUGGUGUACAACAAGUAGAACUUGUUCGCAAAUUUAGUUCUAAAACAGAUUCCAAAAAAGCUGCAUUACGAUUACUUAAAUUUAACGAAGAAUUGUACUCUGAUAGUAAUGAAAGUAAACGAAAAAGAAAAAGAAAUGGACAAUCAGAUGAAAGUUUAAUCGAUGAAUUAGAAGAAGAAAUUAAUACUGACAAAGAUAUUACAUUAGAAAGGAAUAAUAAAAAAUUAAAUAAGAAGAAAAAAUUACAUCAAGAUAUAAAAAAUCAUUUAGACGAAUCCAAUCAAACUACGACAGAAGAAUCAUGUUCGAAAGAUUUGAAGAUUAAUAAUAAAAAUAAACAAAAGAAACGAAUAGAUCAAAUAGAAAAUAAAACUUUAAAAUUGAUUAAUGAGAAAAAUACGACGAAAAAUAUCAUUAUGAAUAAAUUGAAGAAAAUCAAAAAUAAUGUUUGUGGUCAUUGGGAAAUAUCAGAUUACGUUGUACCAAUUAAUGAUAAUCAAAAUAAAAUAAAUAACUCGUCUAAUGAAGAAAUUGAUAAAUCGAUAUUAAAUGAUAAAAAUGACGAAACACUUGAUAACAAAAUAAUACCAUUAACUCCAGGAUUAGAUAAAUCAAUGAAUUCAACAGAAAACACGGAUAAACAAAAUAAAUUGAUCAAUGAAUUAGGACAGAAGAAACGUGUGAAAAUUGUUUUACAACGUAACACUGCACAACACACGUCAGAUUAUUUAGAACAAAUUAAACAAAGUCCAGCGAUUCCUUUCGAUGCUAAUAAAAAACCACCGGUUGGUGUUUUAAAAGCUAGCCCAAUACCAAGUCCAAUUAAUCCAUUUUAUUAUAAAAAGAAAUAUAAAACGAUCAUUUUAUAAUAAAAUUAAACGAAAUGUGAACUUAGGACAA